CACCAAACCCAACCCCCGUCACUUCCACCUUCAACAACACUUCCACUUCACAGAACACUUCUCCCUCUGGCCUCACCACCGGGGAACCAGGCAUCCGACAGGAUCGUUCGACUCUUUGCAGGACAACACGAGUGAACAUGCCGGCAUCUACGACUACUUCGUCCCCUACCUCGACCAACGGCCGGAUCAGCCGGUCGGAAAAGCCCAACAACAAGACCGUCAUCCUCAAGCUGUCCUCCGGUCUCUUGGGUCGGUUCCCGGGCUCCUUCGAUGACAAGGAGAACAACGGGGUCAAGGAGAGUAAUGCGUCGUCGCCCGUAUCCACUGCAGACCCUGCACUUCCAGCCUCCUCCGCCGACAAUGCAUCUGACGUGGGCUCAACCACGCCGGCCACAAUGAACGAGGCGUCACGCCGCAAGGGCGUCCCGGGUCCAAAACCGGGCAGCAAGAGAGGACUGCACCAGGUCGGCGAGGUGCUGCCCAAGCCACGGGGAAAGCCAGGUCCCAAGAAGAAGCCUAGACUGGAGGACGGUACUAUCGACCACACCAGGCUCGCUCCCUCUGCGCACAAGCUCGGGCCUAAGGCCAACCAGGGUGCCAUCAAUGCAGGUCUGCGCGCUCUCGAUCGCAGCGGAGCUGCCUGUCGCAAGUGGGAACGUAAGCCCUUCCAGCUCAAGAGCUUCACGGGCAUUGUCUGGCAGGUCCCUACUUGGCGGACCCCGAAACCGAAGGUGGAGAACGGAGAAUCUCAGGACGGCGUCGCAGAGACUGGCGACAGCGACAGCAAGGCCAACAACAGUGCCAUUCCUAGCGAGAAGAGCAACUCCGGGGACGACAACCUGACGCCCAACCCGAUGAGCAGCAUGGCCCAAUCUCCGACUCCUACCAUCUCCAUGACCGCUUAAGGCGGGAAUUGAUACACAAACGGAUUCCUCUUCUUGUACAGUACUUUGAUGUCAUGGUUGUUUUUCAUUUUCUUCCUUUUGCUACGGAAUAUGGCGUAUGUAUC